GUUCGGCUUAAUGAUGACAAACACAAACAGGAAUCAGAUGACCGAGAGGAUCGUGGAUCUGACUCUGGAGGUCAACUACCUGCUGACUGGAGAGGACUACAUUGCUGUGAAGAGACCUGCUGAGUCUAUACUACAGAGCCAUAGUCCUCGUGUGUCAGAUGGAUCUAACAGGACCCAGAGCUCCAGCACUGUGCCUCCCCCUCACUCACUGAUACAUGAUGGAAACAAUGAGCAGAAGGUCAUGAAACUGACCAAUCAGAUCAUCCACCUGCUGACUGGAGAGGUGUGGAAGUAUUUAGAAGGACAGAUGCCUUUCAUCUCGCAAGAUAAUUCACUGAACAAAACUGAAGCAGUAGAGUGUCAGUUCCAUAUUGCUUCAUCAAAGGAUGUAAUCAUUGAUUCUAAUUUCACAAUUAAUCAAGGAGGGAAUGGUGAGAAAAUGAAUAAAUCGAGCACGGGAAAGAGUGCAUUUGUUGAACAGGAAGCCGGAGCUUGCGAAGAAAGACAUGUAGCAGAAGCUGACGUUUAUACGAACCCCACGCCUACAAUAGACUAUAGGUCUAUUUCUGUCAAAGAAGAAUUGGGCUCAUGCCAACAAGAUAAUCCUGUCAAUAUCUGUGCAUCCAUCCAACUCACACAGACAGAAUAUCCAUCUCCUCAUGUUAUGGGCAAUUUGCCUCCACAUGAAGACAUUGACUUCCAUACUCCCAAAGACCAUACACAGACAGACUAUCCAUCCACUGCUAUUAUGGAGGAAUCCACUUCAUUUGAAAAAGGACAUUUGCCAGACACUGACAUUUAUACAAACAAAGAACAUACACCGACAGAAUAUCCAUCUACUAAUAUUAAGGUGGAAUCUGUUUCACGCGAAGAAGGAAAUUUCACCGGCAUUUCUAAACUCCCCGAACAUACACAGACAGAAUAUCCAUCUACUUAUAUUAAGCAGGAAUCCGAUUCCCAUGAACGAGUUGCCACUGGUUUUCAUACACGGACAGAAUAUCUAUCUAGCCAUAUUAAGGAAGAAUCUACUUCAUAUGAGCUAGGAAACUUCACAAGCCCUGGCAUUGAACCCCUUAUUUUUCGUACUGAGAUGCAAAACCUAAAAAUGAGCAAUGAGAGUAUGCAUGUGACAGAUGUUUAUAGCUUGUUUCAGGGGCCUGAGGUUCCAGCUACUAAUUCAGGUGGAAUACAGGAGAUGGUUUGUUUUGGUUGUGGGAAGAAAAUCCCUAAAGCAGAUUUUGUUGGGCAUCAGUGUGUUAAAGAGAAAGGAACUCCUAAAUCGAACCACAGUAUUCACACCGGAGAGAAGCCAUUUUCUUGCUUGGAAUGCGGAGCACGUUUUAAUCACGAGAAAGCUCUUGGUAGACAUCAAUUGAGUCAUACAAGUGACAAGAAAUUUUCCUGUACAGAAUGUGGCAAAUGUUUCAGUAAGAUGUCGAAUCUUAGCAAACACAUGAGGAGUCACGAAAAAAAUAAUAAUUACACUUGUUCUCAUUGUGGAAAAUGCUUCAACUGGAUAUCAAGUUUAAUUAGACAUCAGAGGAUUCACACAGGUGAGAAACCGUUUCCAUGUUGUGAAUGUGGGAAAUGUUUCACUCGCAAGUCUGCUCUUACUAGACAUCAGAGACUUCACACUGGGGAGAAACCAUUCUCGUGUUGCGAAUGUGGAAGAUGUUUCAGGUGGUUGUCAAGUUAUCAUAAACAUAUGAGAAGUCACACUGGAAAUAAAUGUUUCUCGUGCUCUGAAUGUGGAAAUCGCUUUACAGAUAAAGCGAGUCUUUAUGUACAUCAGAUGAGUCACACAAGAUGACCUGCUUUUCAUAAACCCAUCAUUGUUUGCUCAGUACAUCUAUAGGUACAUUUAGAAAGCAGUGAAUGUGGUCCAAGUAUAAAGGAUGGUUACUCUAUUUUACAUUCCUUAAUAUGAGGGAUAAAAACAAACACUGCUCCAGUUAUGCUUUCUGGCUUUUUAAUUCCCUUCACAAGUGGACCUAGCAUUUUAAGUCUAAAAAUAACUUUUUGUCAAGCCUUGUAAAGACCAUUUUAGUUGUAAAUAUGGUUGGGUCUAAUGGUGGAUGGAAUUAAGCAAAGCCAUUGACUAUAUUUGUUUUCUGUGUUUUUACGUCCUUUCAAGGCCACGAAUGUCCAGACUCACAAAUCUAAAAGUCAAUGAAGCUGGGUUUGGCUGAAUCUAAUCCAGUUCUCUGUUGCAUUCACACAACCAUAAUUUUGAGGGGCUGUAAAACACAUUUACAAAUUUCCUCUUCCCCUCUAGCCAUUGCAAGCAGAAAUGUAUGCCUGGCAAGUAUGUGAUGGACUUUCCCACUGCCUAUAAAGACCUUCAGUGCUCUUUGAAACAAAUGGAAAGUCCCAGUGUCCAAUGUGGAGACUUCACCACUACUUGUUCUAGUAAACCACAUCCUUUAUUUUCUUGUAUGAUCGCAAAUCAAGCCAAUGAUAUGCAGUAUAAAUUCAGCUCAGGUAGUUGUGCUGCAGUCUACAUGUUUUUUGCCAUUAUGCACUUAGACCACAAUAAGAAAUACAGCCCCAGUCAAAAUCUAGCCAUGUAUAUGGGAUU